AUGAAGCAAUUGAUUUGUGAAUUCAAGUACGAUCCAUAUAUUGACGGUAGAAUACUGUAUGCUUGUUUCAUAAAAAAUCAGCAAAUUCCAGCAGAUGAAGAACUAGAAUUUACAGGAAGACAUGUUUCAGGUCAUUCCAAUAACAAUGUUAUAGAUGUAAUUUUUGAAAACUGCGAUAUUAAAAAAGUUCCACAAGGAUUGACAAAAGUAUUUCCAAAAAUGCAAGACUUAAGUGUCUGGAGCUCCAAUUUGAAAAAAGUAACCAAGAAUGACUUGAAGGAGUAUAAAAAUUUGCUACGAUUUGGUUUUUGUAACAACGAAAUUGAGUUUUUGUUUGGAGAUUUAUUUGAAGGAUUUGACAAUGUCCAGGAAGUGAUUUUUUCAGGAAACGAAGGUUUGAAAUUUGUUGAGCCAAAUAUUUUGGAUGGACUCGAAAAUUUAAAUAUGGUUAAUUUUACUGGAAAUUUAAAAUAUUUUAAACGUUUUUCAAGUGUUCAAGGCGAUCUAGGAAAUGCAACUUUAGCUGAAGUUAAAGCUGAACUAUGGAAGAAUUUUUGCAUUGAUCCUGAAAAUAUUAAAAAUGCAUAUCAGAAGCAUAAAGAAGAGAUUGCCAUAUUAAAAACAUUCAUUACAGCAAGUGAUAAGGAAAAUCAAAAAUUGAAGAAAAAGGAGAAGCUUUUACAGAAGCAGAUUCAAGAGUCAGAGGAACGAGAAAAAAAACUUUUAAAUGACUUGAAAAUUGAAAAAGCUGAACAUUCUAUGCUGAAAAUGAGCUCAAAAAAUGACAUAAGUAAAGAAAUCAAGCAACUUCUAAUGAAUGACAAUUUUAAAGACUUUACAGUCAUUAUUGAUGAUCGUGAAUUUCGUGUCCAUAAAUUUCUGUUGAUCGCUCGAAGUUCAACUUUAGCUGAAAUAUUACGAAAUAAUCCUCAAGUCGAGAGUUUAAACCUGAUUGACAUUCCCAUAGAAAUAUUCGAAAAAGUAUUAAAAUUUUUAUAUUUUGAAGAAAUUACACUGGAAAUUGAAACAAAUUUCUUGCAACUCUUUGCCGCUGCAGGACGUCUUAAAAUUGAAAAAUUAAAAACAAUUGUUGCAUCAAACAUUUUAAACCAAAUUACUGCCGACAAUGCUUUGGAGAUUUUGAGUUUAAGCAACAAAUAUGAAAAUGAUGAAUUGCGGACAAAAUCAUUUGCUGAAAUUAAGAAAACAUUUCCCAAACUUAUUUUAAAUGAUGAUUGGGCAUUCAAUACUGAAAAAGUCAAGAAAACAAUUGACUUGUUCAAAGAAAAAGAGGAAGCAAUUAAAAGAAUUGAACAGAAAUUUUGGAGUGAAAUGAAGAACAAUUGA